CCUCGGACUUUAGCUUAAGUCUGUUCUAGAGUUCCUUCAAGUUCCCUCGGGCUAUCUCUAAAGGGGCCGGAAAAUCAACCGCUCACAAGGCCAUUCACCACCCUUAACGGCACAAAGAACACGUCUCAUUGUUUCCCUAGUCUCUGCAUCGGCCCUGCUGAGCCUCAUGGGAAUUGUAGUCUUGUUGAGUAACCUGCUGGAUAUCCGCGGAAGGUCGCGCUAAAAAGUAAAGGAAACGGCCUAGGCACGAAGCGCUGGAAGUUCUGGGAAUUGUAGUCAAGAAGCUCUAGGACACCUCAGGACAGCGCUUAACAGCAAAGGCAGGAAAACGACAACUUCCAGCAUGCCCUGCGAUGAAUCGAACAAAAGGUGAUGAGGAGGAGUAUUGGAAUAGCUCCAAGUUCAAGGCUUUCACCUUUGAUGAUGAGGAUGAUGAACUCUCACAGUUAAAGGAAUCCAAGAGAGCAGUGAAUAGUCUUCGAGACUUUGUGGAUGAUGAUGAUGAUGAUGACCUGGAGAGAGUCAGCUGGAGUGGGGAGCCGGUGGGAAGCAUCUCAUGGUCCAUCAAAGAGACCGCUGGUAGCAGUGGCUCAAACCAGGAGGGGCGUGAACAGUUCAAGAGCCGAAACAGCUUCUCCUCCUAUGCACAACUACCCAAACCUGCUUCUACCUACUCCCUGAGCAGCUUUUUUAGAGGGAGAACUAGACCUGGAAGUUUCCAGUCCCUUUCUGAUGCUCUGUCGGACACACCUGCCAAAAGCUAUGCUCCAGAGCUGGGCAGACCUAAGGGGGAGUACAGGGAUUACAGCAAUGACUGGAGCCCCAGUGACACAGUGCGGCGCCUUCGGAAGGGCAAGGUCUGCUCACUAGAAAGAUUCCGCUCCUUACAGGACAAGCUACAACUCCUGGAGGAAGCAGUAAGCAUGCAUGAUGGAAACGUCAUUACUGCAGUUCUGAUCUUUCUGAAGAGGACAUUGAGCAAAGAGAUCCUCUUCCGAGAACUGGAGGUGCGACAGGUUGCUUUGAGACAUCUCAUUCACUUCCUUAAAGAAAUAGGGGACCAAAAGCUGCUCUUAGACCUCUUCAGGUUCCUAGAUAGAACAGAAGAGCUCGCGCUGUCUCACUAUCGAGAGCACUUGAACAUUCAGGACCCCGAGAAACGGAAAGAAUUUCUUAAGACCUGCAUUGGUUUGCCAUUUUCAGCAGAAGAUUCUGUGCAUAUUCAAGACCAUUACACCCUCCUGGAACGUCAGAUCAUUAUUGAGGCAAAUGAUCGACACCUAGAAUCAGCAGGACAGACUGAGAUCUUCCGGAAGCACCCCCGCAAAGCUUCUAUCCUCAACAUGCCGUUAGUGACUACGCUUUUCUACUCCUGCUUCUACCAUUAUACGGAGGCUGAGGGGACGUUCAGCAGUCCGGUCAACCUGAAGAAGACAUUUAAGAUCCCGGAUAAGCAGUAUGUGCUGACGGCCCUAGCUGCUCGCGCCAAGCUGCGGGCCUGGCAUGAUGUAGAUGCUCUCUUUACCACAAAGAACUGGCUGGGCUAUACCAAGAAGAAAGCGCCUAUUGGCUUCCAUCGGGUUGUGGAAAUUUUGCACAAGAACAGUGCCCCUGUCCAGAUAUUACAAGAGUAUGUUAAUCUGGUGGAAGAUGUGGACACAAAGUUGAACUUAGCCACCAAAUUCAAGUGCCAUGAUGUCGUCAUUGAUACUUGCCGGGACUUGAAGGACCGUCAGCAGUUACUAGCAUAUAGGAGUAAAGUGGAUAAAGGAUCUGCAGAGGAGGAGAAGAUUGAUGCCAUUCUGAAUAGCUCGCAAAUUCGAUGGAAGAAUUAAGUGGCAUUAGAUACCCUGAAACCUUCCUCAUUUCUUCCUUUCCUGCCUGUUAAAGUAGAGAGUGCUUUUUGUUGGGAGAAUUACAGUGUCACAUCGCUUUGGACCCAUCAUCAACAGGCAACGCCUGCUACUCUUAGGACAGAAACCAGUGUCUGGGCACAGACAGCUUCAGACUGAUCUUCUGUCCAAGAACCAUCAUCUAAAGCUUUGACUCAUGAGAAAGAUUCUCUCCACCUGGUGCUCAAGUGAAGGUGGGAAUAUUUUCUAGAUUGGGCCCAUAUUGGGCAAGAUCUUUCUUGGUCUGGGAAAAAUGACUGCUCUAGAAAAGAAGUCUCCUAGACUAAGAGGUCAGGGAUUAUAGGAUGGCCACUCCAUUCCUCUCAGCUAAUUAUGACCCUGGACCUGGUGCUGGACAUCGGCAGUUCUGCUUUGAAUGAAGUCAGAAUAGAACCAAAAUGGCUAUCUCCCAGGGAACCUCAGGAAGGGGUGCUGGUAUUGCCAGGAGCCGUUGGAGGUGCCCGCACACCAUACUGCAGAGUCCUCCACAUAGUGACAGAGAGUGCCCAGACCUUGUGUUUCUUCAGCCAGUGUCCUUCUGCCGCCCCAGUCUAGCCUCUGUCCAAGACUUGUGUUUCCUCUUUCACCUGCACACCGUGAUGGCCUGUGUGGGGGAUAAGGAAUUUCCUGUUAUUUUUUCCUCUACUUCUCCCACCCCAGACCCAUAACUUUAUAUGGAGCUCAGAUUCAGCAGUGCUGGAGAGAUCUUCCUUUAUGCACAAAUCUCAUUAUUUCACUGGGAGCUUCCAGAGGGUUCACCAGGGCUAACUUCAGCAACAUUGCAGACGGUUAGGAUAUUAGUUAAGAUGGAGGUUUUAUAAAGUUCCAUGCUUCGUUUUCAAGAGGGUAUUCCGGAAUGCUAGCCUCCUGCCCUGUACCAAUAUCAGCCUGUCAUCUCUGUGACUGAACUGGGUUUCCCUGACAUGCCUAGACUCCUAAUAAAGCUGUUUCUUCCUUGGUGCCUUCUCUUUUCCCUCCCAAUUGUUUUGUGCAGAACAAUGAAAUAAUUGCCCUGUCUCUCGGGACCAUUACAAACCUUCCUCAGUGACUGCAUUCAGUUGUCUGCCAACACACAUCAGGUCAUGGAGUAACGGUGCUUAUGGCAAAGUACGGCCAUGUAGUUAACAGAGAGUACUGAGCCCGGAGACAGAAGACCUGGCUCUUGUCCCAGCUCUGCUGCUGACUAGCUGUGUGAUGUUGGGUGGAUCCUUGUCUCUCUGGACUCUCUGUCUGCACCUGUCAUAGGCAGACAUGUUUCUCUCAGAACUUGCAGAAGUCUGUGCUGCUGUUGUGUGGAGUAGGUAAAAUGGGAGGAAGAAGAGGAGAUGUCAGACAGAGGCACACAGCACGCUUUAAGGCAUGCAGUAGCAUGGGAGAAUUUGGGCCCCAGGAGACUGUCCACAUCUGGAGAUGCUUCGUUGCCACAACAGGUGGAUGCCACCAGCAUCUAAUGGGUAGAAGCAAGCGAUGCUGCUAACUAUCCGACCAUGUAGUACCCCCUCCAAUAAAGAAUGAUCCUGCCCAGAAGGUCAGUAAUGCAAAUGCUGAGGAACCCUGCUUUAUGGGAUUAGACUCAUUUUUUGCUCCUCCACUUGCAGUCCCUUUGUAAUUCCAGGUAACCUCUUAGUCCCUUCCCUAAUCAUCCCUCUUUCUGUUGAAGAAACAGGAUUUGCUAAAUUGUGCUAAAACUACUUGCUGACAACAAACCGUGUUAACCUGAUUAACUAGUAUCUCAGGGUUCGUUUAGAGAAGCAGAGUGUCUAGGAGUAUUUAGUCUGUCUAUAUUACAGACUUUACUCAAGCAUGGCCAAUGGUUAAACAGGCUCCGGAAGGUUGUCUUCAUAUCUGGUGGUCGAGCUGGAUGUCCACACAGCAGGCAGUGGGGAAGAGGAGGUGAAUAAAAUGUGAGGGAAGGCAAGGACAAGAUGGAGGCCCACGAAGCUGGACAGGAACCCGUGUCUGCUCUCACUGCAACCAACACUGAGGAUGUGGAUGUCCUGCAGGCAAAGCUGGCUGGCGGCCUUUGUCACGGAACUGAACACAAACCUCGCCCCGGAGUGUGAGAGGCUGUAGGAGGAUCCAGGGGAAAGUAGCGAUCGUGGGUCCAGCUGCUGCCCCACACCAGCACGGUCACCAGCCAAGUACCAACCCAGACCUUGAAAUCAGCAACAGAAACUGGCUGCUGCUUCAACCCUCCAGAUCCCCGCAAAAGUCUGUGGCACACCCUAACUGGAAACAUUCAGGGAAGGGAGUUCUGGGAAAUGUAGUUCAGCCUCCUCAACUUGACAUGUUACAAAGCCACAACCACUGGGUCCACAUUUUUGAGGAUGUAUUCGUGAAGGAUGGGCCUAGAAUCCACACACCUGUACAGGUUUGUCCCCAGUGCUGAGUCGGGAGGUUUUGAGCUCUUUCCUUCGGAACAAUAAACAUCAGUUGCAACAUUA